AUGGUCACUACAGUUAGCGAAUCUUUCUUUGAGACUUUAACACCAUCUCAAGACCUUCAUAGUUUAGAGGAUUUUGCCCUUGACAUUUCUGGUGCCAAUGAUGCCAAAGUUCCUUACAAAGGAUAUGGCCUUCUUGAUCUUUCUAUUCCUUCACUUGAGUCUGAUACUAUAACUGUUCCUGUUUUAGUUGUUCCAGAUACCUCUUAUUCUUCAACUGUACCAGUUAUUGUUGGAACUAAUGUCAUUAGACAUUUCAGUACCAUUGAUGCACAGGAAAAUAUCCCUUCCUGUUGGCAGCAAGCCUUUACUGCUGUUUCUUUUGUACAGUCUGUACCUGUGAAAGCUUUUAAUCAUAAACCUUUCACAAUUCAGCCUAUGCAAACAUGUACAGUUACUGGAAUGGUUCGUAAUGUUGGAGAUAUGACAGUUGGUGUUACUGAGACUUCUGAUUCUGCACAUUUUCUUAAUAUCUGUCCAAGAGAAGUACAUGUUAGACCUGGUAAUACAUUUUCUAAGGUACCUGUUAGGAUUUGUAAUUUGUCUGUUCGUCCUGUAGUUAUUUAUCCCAAAUCUGUUCUUUGUAACCUGAAGGAAGUUGAAGUUGUUGGACAUAUUGAUCUAUCAGAUGGUGUUCAUUCUAAAUCUCACAACCAGGACAAGACACUUAAAGACUUAGGGAUCACUGUCCCCUCUGAUACCCUUUCUCCUCUUGAAUGUUCAAAGGUAAAGACUUUCCUUAAUGGCUGGAAACAUAUUUUUUCCACAGGUGUGACAGAUCUUGGCUGUUCCAGUACUGUUGAACAUGAGAUUGAGUUAGAUGACCCUACACCAUUUAAGGAGCCUUAUCGGAGAAUUCCCCCAGGUAGUUAUGAGGAAGUGAGAGAACACAUUAAGGACAUGUUGGAAGCUGGAGCUAUAAGAGAGUCUAACAGCCCCUUUUCUUUUAAUGUAGUUCUUGUGAGGAAAAAGGACGGGUCUCUACGUUUUUGUAUUGACUUCCGUCGUUUGAACAACGGUACCAUCAAGGAUGCAUAUGCGCUUCCACGCAUAGAUGAGACUAUUGAUUCCCUUGUCGGUUCCAAGUAUUUUUCGAAAUAA